AGGGAUCGGGGUAUACUAAUAGAAAUAGCGUAAUUUUUUUGGUUGGUGCGCCUUAGUCACUCAUAGGACGUACCUUCACAGUAAUAUACAUCUAUAUGUAGGUACACAUUUCUAUGCUUCUUUUUAAAGAAUUGAAUGCUGAAUGGAAAUUUGUUCUUUUGUAGACUUUACGAUGGCUCACUUGUCUUGGUUGAAUGAUGAUCAGGCUCAGCGCCAACUAAAGCUAUGAAAAGGAUUUUAGCUAGUAAUUCAGAGUAAAUAAAGAAAAUUUAAAAUUAAUACAAUUUUUUUACAAAACCAAGUGGGAUAUUAAAAUGUAAUCAACUGCUCAAAAAAACCUUUUUUCUGCCUAUUUCAAUGAUUAUGAAUCCGAUUUGCCAAGUCGAUAUCAAUAGGCCUGAGUGCCAGAAAUGGAUGGUCCAGGUAUACUCCAAAUGUCGGGAUCUCUUCAAAACUAAUACAUUGCCCAAUUGGGGUCAAGACAAUGCCCCUGUUGUCUAUAAGGCGGAUGUGGAAGCCAUGACCGUCCUGGAUUGCCAUCGGCUCAAGAGGGCAUUGGGCAAGGAAGUGGCGGAAGAGGAUGAGGAGGGGGAUGAGUUGGAUGACCUGGAUGACUUAGAUGAUCUGGAUGAGGGGGAGGAGGGUCUCGAUCCAGGGAAAUUGGUGGGUCUAUUGCUAGCCCUCUGCGCAAUCGCUAUUCUUUUCGUUCUCUUGUGUCGAAUGAAGCGCCGAAACAUAAAAUUAAAGGAAGUCGAGCUUCCAAAACCGGAAACCCAGGAAGCUCCACCCGUUUCACCCCAAAAAAAGAAAAUAAAUAGAGCCGCCAACUGCAAAAGCUGGAUGCGCAGGAGCUGCAGACCCUUCUUCCUCCACAACGAGUCCCAGGUAAGACAGUACCAAUCCCGUGCCGAAAUGGAGGUGGCUGUACACGAGGAACGCACCCGGCAGAAGAUCGCCAUGUGGACAAAGGCCCGGGAGAGAGAUGCCCAAAAGAAGAGAGAUAAGCUCCAAAGGAACGUGAACAAGGCUACCAAAACUUGAUGCCUUUUAUUUUUGAAAUAUUUGUAUGGCAAGC